AUGCUGCACUCCUUACGCGGCCUGGUGCUGCAGCUGCCAGCAGCAAGUAGCCCCGCAGCAGCAGCAGCAGCAGCAGCAAAUGCAGCAACGCAACCUGCAGCAGCAGGUGCUGCUGCAGCAGCAGCAGCAGCAGCAGCUGCUGCUGCAGCAACGGCCAGCUGGAUGCCGCUUCGUUCCAUGGCCUCUCUACACUCUUCUCUCGGGUCAGCAACUGCAGCAGCAGCAGCAGAAACAGCAGCAGCAGCAACAACAGAAACAGUAGCAGCAACAGCAGCAACAGCAGCAGCAACUGCAGCAGCAGAAACUGCUGCUGCUGCUGUUGCUGCUCCACCUUCAUGUGAAACUCCUCUUCGGUUGGCUGGCGGGAAGCAACGGGCUGUCGCGCAGCCACAGCAGCAGCAGCAGCAGCAGCCGCAGCAGCAGCAGCAGCAGCAGCAGCCACAAUGGCGGCAGCAGGAGCAGCAGCAAGAGGAAGGAGCAAGCGGUGCCUUCCGCAGCAACGCAGCAGCAGCAGCAACAAGUAAGCAGCAGCAGCGACGGCCGACGCGACCGCAGCAGCAGCAGCAGCCGCAGCAGCAGCAGCAGCAGCAGCAGCAGCAGCAGCAGCCGCAUGCAGCGCAGAUUGCGCAGCAGCAGAUUGAAGCAAAAGUACAGCAGCAAAUAUCUUGGUUGCUGCACUACCGAAUGUGGCAAUACCAGGCGCAGCAGCAGCAGCAGUGGCAGCAGCAGCAGCAGUGGCAGCAGCAGCAGCAGCUGCUGCAGCAGCAGCAGCAGCAACUGCAGCAAACCAGCUGUGGGCAUCCUCAUGGUGAGCUAGGCCCCCCAGUAGGUUGGGGUUGUGCCUCGAUGCAGCAACAGCACCAGCUGCAGCAGCAGCACCAGCAGCAGCUGCAGCAGCAGCACCUGCAGCAGCAGCAGCAGCAGCAGCUGCAGCAGCAGCUGCCGGUGUAUGGAUCUCCGUAUGCGCUUCAUCCGGCUGCGUGGCUGCCUGCAGGCUGCCCCGAGCAGCCGCAGCAGCAGCAGCAGCAGCAGCAGCAGCAGCGGUUGCAGCAGCAGCAGAAGCGAAUGGCAGCAGCAGAACGGAGGCAGCAGCGUCAGAAGAGGCUGCAGCAAAGACAGAAGGAAUACGAGCUGCUGCUGCAGCAGUUCAAGCAGCAACCGAAGGAGUGGGCUGCUGCAGCAACUGCAGCAGCAACUGCUGCAGCAGCAAAAGCUUUUCGCAGACAUCCAACCACUAGCAGCAGCAGCAGCAGCAGCAGCAGCAGCAGCAGCAGGGAUUCAAGGUUUAUGCGCUCUAGGGGGACCCGUAGUGGCCCUGUCUCCCGAAGGACUGCGCUGCAGCAGCAGCAGCAGCAACUGCUGCUGCUGCAGCACAGCCGCAGCAGCAGAAGGGCUCCAAGGCGCCCAUCUUACACUCGCCGCAGCAGGGAUUCAAGGUUUAUGCGGUCUAGGGGGACCCGUAGUGGCCCUGUCUCCCGAAGGACUGCGCUGCAGCAGCAGCAGCAGCAGCUGCUGCUGCUGCAGCACAGCCGCAGCAGCAGAAGGGCUCCAAGGCGCCCAUCUUACACUCGCCGCAGCAGCAGCAACGAAGCAGCAGCAGCAGCACCACUAGGAACGGGAGUAUACAGCAGCAGCAGCAGCAGCAACAGCAGCAGCAGCAGCAGCAGCAGCAGUUUAUUCGAGCCAUACUGGUCGGCGGAGACAGCAGCAAAAGCUGCGGCAGCAGGACUAGCGUUUUUACUUGUCCGCCCAUCUGACUCUGCUGCUGCUGCUGCUGCUGCUGCUGCUGCUGCUGCUCCUUUUCGGGUGUAUGUACACCCCGAGACACGCGAGUGUCUGCAUGCGUUUGACGUCGGCGGCUUCAUCAACAGAAACAGAGCCAUCCACGGAGACAAAGUCAUCGCUACAUUUGCAUGCAAAACUCUAACAGAACAAGCCUGCUGCAGCCUGCUGCAGCAGCAGCAACUGCUGCAGCAGCAGCUGCAGCAGAUGCAGCAGAUGCAGCAGCAGCAGAAAAACCAGCAGCAAACACAGCAGAAUAUCGACGCCUGUGGAGAUUCACGAAAUUCAGAUUCUGCUGCUGCUGCUGCUGCUCCUGCUGCUGCUGCUGCUGCUGCUGCUGAAUCAACAGCUGCUGCGGCGGUGGAAGCAGAUGGCGCUGCAGCAGGAGAAACAGCAGCAGCAGGAGAAACAGCAGCAGCAGCAGCAGAAACAGCAGCAGCAGCAACAGCAGCCUCUGCGAAUGAAGAUUCGUCUGCUGCAGCAGCAACAGCAGCGCUGCUGCUGCUGCUGCUGCUGCUGCUGCAGUUGCAGUUUUUACUUGUCCGCCCAUCUGACUCUGCUGCUGCUGCUGCUGCUGCUGCUGCUGCUGCUGCUCCUUUUCGGGUGUAUGUACACCCCGAGACACGCGAGUGUCUGCAUGCGUUUGACGUCGGCGGCUUCAUCAACAGAAACAGAGCCAUCCACGGAGACAAAGUCAUCGCUACAUUUGCAUGCAAAA